CCCAAUUCAUGUUAUCAUCAGUGCAUAUUCAUUGACUCCCACACCAAGUCUUCCACAAUCCCUCCCUCCCCAUCUGACGAACAAAAAAAUAAAAUAAAAUUAAGAAAAACAGUAACAUGUCAAUGGCGGACUCUUCCUCAACACCACAGCCACCACAAACACCAGAAAAACCCUCCCUAGACCCUUACAAAUUCCUCCGCAUCGCCCCCAACCCCGACGGCUCCCUCACCCGCCUCUCCCCCGUCCCCUCCGUUCCCCCUUCCGCGGCCGUUAACAAUUCCGACAUCUCCCCGCAAAUCGUGCUCACCAAAGACGUCCCCCUCAACCCUGCCGCCAAAACCUUCAUCCGCAUCUUCAAGCCCCACCCUCUUCCCCUAAAUUCUAAACUCCCCAUCAUCCUCUACUUCCAUGGCGGCGGCUUCGUCCUCUUCUCCGCCGCCUCCGUCCCCUUCCACAACUCUUGCUCCCGCAUCGCAGCCCACCUACCCGCCCUCGUCCUCUCCGUCGAGUACCGCCUCGCCCCGGAGCACCGCCUCCCCGCCGCCUACAAUGACGCCCUCCUUGCCCUCCGCUGGGCAGCCGCCGACGCCCCUCGCGACCCCUGGCUCACCCACUCAGCAGACUUCUCCAACUUCUUCCUCAUGGGCAGCAGCGCCGGUGGAAACAUCGUCUACCACGCGGGUCUUCGUGCGCUAGAUCUCGACAUCUCGCCGGUUGUGAUCAGAGGGCUUAUCAUGAACCAGCCCUACUUCGGUGGGACCCGCAGGACGGAGUCUGAGAUGAGGCUGGUUGGAGAUCGGAUCCUUCCGCUGCCGGCGAAUGAUCUACUUUGGAGCUUGGCAUUGCCGGAGGGGGCUGACCGGAAUCACGAGUAUUGUAAUCCGACGGUGGGGAAUGGUCAUCAGGACGGGAGGAUCGAACGACUGCAAAGGUGUUUGGUUAGUGGGUAUGGAGGGGACCCACUGGUAGACAGGCAGAGGGAGUUUGUGGAGAUGCUGAGGGAGAGAGGAGUGGAGGUGGUCGCUGCAUUUGAUGACGGUGGGUUCCACGGUGUGGAGCUUUUUGACAACGACAAGGCCAUGGCUUUGUACGACGUCGUUGCGGAUUUUGUUCGGCCUUGUCGUGCUAAAUCAGCUGACGUUGUUGCUAAAUCAACUAUGUAAUGUAUUUAUAUGUCAAAGUUCAUUUGACUAAAUCAUAUCGCCAAAUUAAAAAGGUGAUUCGCAAUGUAUAAUCAGUAUCUCUCAUGUCAUGCACUAAGUGAAAAUUUAUGUAAUGAUUUCACAUUUUUCUCGUUGA